AUGCUGCUCCCAUGGCUAUCCUCAUGGCUCCCGAGGUUGUGGUUGUGGUCAACAGCUCUGGUCCUGACCCUGGGCCUUCUUCAGCUGACCCGGAUGCUGGCCAGGAGACAGAAACUGCUCCGAGCUCUGGACAGCUUCCCUGGGCCACCCAGCCAUUGGCUCUUUGGGCAUGCCAAAGAGAUCCAAGAGGGAGGGGGCCUGGACAAGAUGAUGUUGUGGGCCAACACUUACCCCUCUGCCCAUUCUCUGUGGUUUGGGAGAUUUGUUGGUUUUCUGAAUAUCUAUGACCCUGACUACGCCAAGGCUGUGUAUAGCCGAGGAGACCCUAAGGCCUGGGAUGUGUAUGGUUUCUUCAUUCCAUGGAUUGGAAAUGGGCUGCUGGUCCAGGACGGGCCCAAGUGGUUCCAACACCGGAAAUUACUCACACCUGCCUUCCACAGUGAGGUGCUGAAGCCCUAUGUGAGCCUGUUUGCAGAGUCCACCCAUGCCAUGCUGGACAAGUGGAAGGAGAAGGUUCGUGUGAAUAAGAAUGUGGAGAUCUUCAAUGAUGUGGGCUUCAUGGCUCUGGACACCCUAAUGAAAUGCCUCUUUGGGAAGACAAGCAAAGACCAAACACAGAGUGACACUGACUAUUACCUGGCUGUUGCUGACCUCACCCUCCUGAUGCAAGAGCGAAUCUUCACCUUUCAGUACCAUAAUGAUUUCCUCUACUGGAUCACGGCCCAUGGGCGUAACUUUCUGAGGGCCUGCAAGGUUGCCCAUAACCACACAGACAAAGUGAUUAGGGAACGAAAGGCUGCCCUGAAGGGGGAGAAGCUGGAGAAGACACAGAAGAAGAGACAUCUGGAUUUUCUGGACAUUCUCCUUGGAGUAAAGGAUGAGAGCAAGACCAAAUUGUCAGACAUGGACCUACGGGCUGAAGUGGACACAUUCAUGUUUGAAGGCCAUGACACCACCACCAGCAGCAUCUCCUGGUUCCUGUACUGCAUGGCCCUCUACCCUGAGCACCAGACCCUCUGCCGGAAGGAGAUCCAGGAAAUCCUACAGGGUCGUGACACUGUCCAAUGGGAAGACCUGGCAAAAAUGACCUACCUCACCCUGUGCAUCAAGGAGAGCUUACGCCUGUAUCCCGCUGUGCCCCAGGUGUACCGCCAACUCAGCAAGCCUGUAACCUUCCCAGAUGGGAGGUCACUGCCUAAAGGAGGCCUGAUUUCUCUGCACAUUUAUGCUCUUCACAGGAACCACACUGUAUGGAUGGACCCUGAGGUAUUUGACCCCCUGCGUUUCACUCCCGAGAAUUCCUCAGGACGUCAUCCCUUUGCCUUCAUGCCCUUCUCAGCCGGGCCCAGGAACUGCAUUGGGCAGCAGUUUGCCAUGACAGAGAUGAAGGUAGUUGCAGCCCUCUGCCUGCUGCACUUUGAAUUCUCCCCAGACCUCACUCAGCCACCCAUCAAGCAGCUACAGCUGAUUUUGCGUUCCAAGAAUGGCAUUCACCUCAACCUGAAGAAGCUCACCUAG